UUCCUCAACCCCAAACCCAAACUUCCUAAUCAAGCAGCUCAAAGCAAAUACCCAUUACGGACCCUUGUUACCAUAACAUUUAUGAUCCACCAAAUCGAAAUCAAAGGCCGCUCAAGAAAAAAGAUCAAGGACCCACUUCCCAGCUCACACUCUUUUACCAAAUUACCAUCACCUUUUGCCACUCAAAGCUCACACCAAAGUAGCACCCAUCUCAAGAAGCAAUUCAUGAUGCCUGCUCGUGCUCAUGGGGUCACCUUCUCUCUCCUCCUACUGCUGUCCUUUUUGGCUACUGCUAUCUCCACCACUGAAUCAGCAAGCUUAGACCUUGCCAAUGGGUCUGCAGCUGUGGGGCCACUGGUGCCACUGAUCGGAGCUGAAAAGAUGAAGACUUUGGUGAUGAAUGAGACCAGGAGGAAGUUGGGGAGCUUUCAGAUUUGUGCAUUGUGUACUUGUUGUGGAGGUGCCAAAGGUCUUUGCUUGCCUUCUCCUUGUUGCUAUGCCAUCAAUUGCAACAUUCCAAACAGGCCUUUCGGUUUCUGUUCUUUCACACCUAAGACCUGUAAUUGCUUUGGAUGCCAUAUCUAACUCUUCCUCUCUAUAUUUUAUAAUUUUAUAAUUAAAAAUUGUUUAAUUAGGGGUAAUGCUUGAUUUUGUUGGGAGUCUGGAUGGGAAAAAGAAUAUCUGUUCUUGAUUUGUUUGCUUAGAAGUUAUGAAAUUUAUUUAUAUUUCCAGGUUAGCUUAUUUCUAUAUCUAGUGGGAUAAUUUUCCAUAUUUUGGUGGAAUUGGCAUAGUUGUGAGGCAUUUUAGGGAACAUUGUCCUUGUUAAUGGAGCUAUUUGGGGUUCUUAAUGAUAUUUUAUUGACUUUCCAAAACAAUAUAUUAAUGUAAGUGCUCAGUAGAGCUGCUGUCUGUGACACUCUUAUGACAAGGAUUAAGAUUCAACUCCCAUGUUCUAUUA